AUGCGGCUUCGCCUGCAUUUGACGCAACUUCGAAAUCCGGCAGACCUUUUGGGACAGUGGAGCAGUGGGACCCUGCCUGGAUGGAGACUGGGAGAUAUAUUACCGACGCGGCGAGGUUCUCAGUCGGAAAUUGGUUCGAAAAAAAAAGACUCAAGUUUGAGUAGCGGCGCACACACUCACAACAGUACGCACAAGGUCGACUUUCAGCAUUCACCGUGGUACAACAGGCCAGAGGUUCGCAUACGGAGCGGCUGCCGGCAGACGCGAGCGCAGCGGAUCGAGGCUAGGAAGAACACCGCUGCCGCCAAGAGGCGCGACCCGACCGCGAAGCUGGCGCAGCGAAGGGCAAGGCAGGAGAGGCUCUCGUCGAGGAUGCAGGAGGUGAAUGAGAGGCGUACGGCGAGGGACGAAGCACGUCGGCUGACCAUCAACAAGAGGCGCAUCGCGCAGAUGAUCCGACAUCUAGUUAAUGCACUGGCUAUCGUCUGAAUUCAGGGUCUCGGUAAGGAGCACAUAUUUAAGCACCACGGCGACGCCUACUCGAAUAACCCGAUAUCCGGGUACGACGAGUUCUAUAACAGGCGUGGCGAGAGUAAGCUGCCCCAGCUUCGCUACUGGCACAAGCACCAAUGCGGCUACUGGCCGGAGAGAAGCGACCACCCGCUGCAAGGCACGCCGUCGGGGUACGGACUGCGGGAGCGACUGCGGAGUGAGUGGGAGAGAGCGGCUGCCGACGAGCGGCGAGGGCUGCACUGGACGUCGUACGCGACGUCCUACACGCGCCCGCACCGCGACGUGCUGAUAACCGCACACCGAGCGACCCCUAGGAGCGUGUCGAGUCAUUUCAACGCGUACAACAACGUCAACAAAAAUCUGCAUCUGCGGAGCACGUGCGUUGUCAUGGCUCCCGAUCCGCCGCCGACGCUGCUGCCCCCACGCGACCGGCAGUUGAAGUGA